CGGUAAUAUGAAAAUUUUCUCCCCCAACUUGACAAGUCCUCUAUCAUCAGAUUAUCGCAGUUACUGUAACUACAGCAAAUUCCUAUUCUUAACUAAUAGAAACAACUAUGAGCUGACAUUAAAUCAUUGAAAGUAUAAUAACGCAAAACACCGAACACUGUGAACGCAGAUACAAUUUACUGUGGACCUAGAUACGUUUUCCUGCUCAUCUAGACCUUAUUUUCCUGUUCAUCCGACACUCUGCUGUGCACUCCGCAGGCUGGGGGCCUGUGUGCCGCUUCCAGAUUCUUUUUUUUUUUUGACAAGUGCCGCUUCCAGAUUCGUGGUGGUAUAUUUGGUUCCUUUUUUACUUUCGUUGGGUUGGAGAUUGGUGGCUGACGGUUUACUGUGCUCUUUGGCAGGGGUCUCUGUGUUGGAUUUGCCCUGCUGAUGGGAUUGUUGUGCCUUCUUUUGCUCUUAAACUGAGUUAGGUUCUUUCCGCGUUGGUCAUGGGAGAUCGUUUGGUGUGGCCAGUGCUGGAUGCUGUCAGACUUGCGGAUUUGGGGUGCUAUUUUGAUGGAGGCUGAUUUCGUUAGUGAUAGGUGUAGCCGCCAUUUUCAUCCUCUUUUGCUUUUGCAUGUGGUUCCUUUUUGUUCUUUACACAUUGUUCCUUCUUUUUUUAUUUACUUUCUCUUGGGAGGAGUGCUUUUGCAAUUGAUUUGCUCUAUUGGGAGAGUUGCACUGUUCAGCCGUGCGGAGAUCGAUGCUUGGGCCAGAAAAUCGAUGCUUGGUCAGUGGGUUUGUGAUUGAUGGCUGGUUUGUCAAGUGGAGAGCCUUAUUAUUUCAGGGGGUUCACCUGGGUUCAUUUAUUUUUUUUCGCUUCUUUGCUCCUGCUCUCGGUUUCACUAUCUCCUGGUUUUCCUUCAUUGUGGUUUUAAUGGGUUCGACUCUUUUGUGCAAUCUGAGAGGGGGAAGUCGAAAUGUUACUCUGCGAUUGCGUCUGCUUCAUAUGUGGCUUGCAAAAACGCCCUCGGGGUCAAGGAUCUUCAACCAUUGUUGUCUGUGGGCUGAUCAGACGGUGAGUAUUUGGGAGUAAGUUGUGAUCUUAGGGGUGUUUGUUGAGUUUUUAUAGGGUUAUCUUAGUUUUUCAUUGACUGUUUGCUCUGGGUUUUUUGUUGGUGGUUUCCUUUGUUCACUUUUUGCUCAAAGCUUUGGGAAUUUUGUCUGCCAUGCUGCAGUUGCGUUUUCCGCAUCGCACCCCGUCUUAUUUCAGUUGUAAUCGACCUUCUAUUCGUGUUUGAGCUUCUGUGUUUGGCAUGUGUGGCCAUUUUUUUUAUUUUGGGUUUGCAUUUCAGAAGCCAUUUCGUUGCUCUUCCUUGCUUGGUUUUCACAUUGCUCCUGGUGUGCUUGCAGGGGAUGCUGAUCCAAUCACUUUCUGAUCCUGAGAUGGCCGCGGAUACAGAAAGUGUUCUUCGUGUUGGAGCCAUCUAUGUUAUCAGCCGAUUUGGCCUUCAGUCAGCAAAGGGGCUCUAUCGGGCUUGCUCUUUUGAUCUGACUAUUAGAGUGACAAGGUCAACAGGAUUUCAGCAGUGCACUCUUCCAGCUGCUGGAUUUCCUGCAGAUUCUUUUGAGAUUGUGGUGUAUAACCAGUUGCACACCAGAAGUGGGAACCAUGCUAUUCUUACAGGUUGUGCUCUUUUUUGUUUUCUGUCCGUUAGCGGGUCUUAUGUGGUUGGUUGAGUCUUUUCUGAUGCCCAUGAUUUCCUCAUGUUUAUAUAUAUGUUCUUGAAGAUGUUGUCGGGCGCUUGCAUUCCAUUGGCGGCAUCGGUCAUCAAGUGACAGAGUUUGGACCGACUGCUAAACGUGCUUGAGAAUCAUCUGUAUGUGUAUGGUGGUGUUUCUUGCUUCUAUAGGUUUGGCUUUUUUUAUCUCCAGUUCGUGUCCUGACAUGAUAUGCUUCUGGAUUCAACAGGGGUGGAACAGUUGCUAUCACACUUUGGGAUGAGCUGACGGCAGUUCUUGAUCGUAUUGCUUUGAUCCAGGCAGAUUUGAUUGAACCUGUUAUAAUUGCUGUUGGGAGUCUUAUGGUUUCUCUUGUUAAUGGAAAUUAUGUGUGCUCCAGUUCAUCGGCUACUAGGGUGGCUGUCAACCCACAGAUUCCAAAGGCAGUUCAUCUGGUCACUCACUUUGGAGGGUCAAGAAAUCCUGUGGCGGAGCUGCCAGUGGAGUUUGCCACAGCAGAGGCAGCUGCUGCCGAUGCUGCAAACCGAGCUCGAACCAUAGCUGAACUGUUGGACCUUCAUAAUGCUGGAGCGUCGGUGGAAUCCAAGUACUGUUGUGGUGGGAUCGUAAGUUCUGUCGAGUCUCGGACCCCGUGGUACUACACUGCCUGCAAUAUGUGUUUGAGGAAGUGCUUUACGUGGAGGGGGGCUGGUUAUUGGUGCCCAGAGCAUUGGGAAAUCUCUGAGGAGCAUAUCAGAGUUGGUUAUAAGAUACAGUUGACUUUGCGGGACAUGACUGGAGAGGCCCCAUUCAUAAUUUUUGGGUCCUGUGGCAAUGUUCUUACCCAUACAACUGCACAGAUUUUGGCACAGAGAUACCCACACAGGCCAGGCCAGCUCCCACCAGAAUUGGGUACAUUGAUUGGUCAGUACUUCAAGUUUGAGGUCAAGUUACCGAUGGUGCCAGUCGGUGGAUCCUCCAGUGGAGAGUAUAGGAUGUUGAGGGUGUUUCCAAAUGACAAUCUUGAAGCUCAACUACCACCUCCAAUGAUGCAUGCUCUGCCUCCGAUUGUGCCUGCCCCGCCUCAAGUUGCAGCAGUGGUUCCUGCUCAGUCCUCUCACCGCCCUCAGGUGGUCCAGCCAAGUAAUCAAGUUACCUUGAAUGUUUCACCGGGAGGCAUGCAGUUGUCUCCUGCCGGUACCUAUGGAGCGUCAUCAAGCAGUUCUGCAAAGGGAAAGGAAAAGAUCUCCAGUCCAGUGUUCCAGAAUGUCAAUCCAGUUUUCUGCAUUGGUCAGCCUGUAUCUGAAAUGCCAGGCCAAGUGAUCGAUCAAGCCCUGCCUGCUAAUCCUCCAUCAGACAACCCGGACAUCUCUCAUGGUAAUGCAGCCCCUGUCUCACAGGGAUUGACUCUCCCCCUGGAUCAGAUGGUGUGCAGUUCAUAUCCUGAGAACCUUCAGGGAGUGCUCAAGGCUGAUGCAACAGUCGUUGCUGAGCCACUUGCAUCUGCGAGUGGACCUGUUGUGUCUGCCAAUGUUCCUGCAACUUCUGAUCUGGUGGUGAAUGAAGGACCAAAUAUGUCCAUCCCAUCUCUGGCUAUAACUUCCAAUGAUCCACCAAGUACUCUUGCUGGAAGUGAUGUUGUUUCACAGAGUUCUUCUCCAAUGACCAAACUUUUGGCCUCUCCUUUGGCUUAGGUCAAGUUGGAGAAGCUGGAAAGCACAACACCCAAGAAUGACAGUGAUGGCUCUCAGAGUUCUGCUCCUUUUACUAUAGGGGAGUCAACCACUGGUGUUAGAGCUAGCAAGCGUACUCCUGUCAAGCGUCGCCUUUAUGAUGCAUGAAUGCUCCUUUCUAGCCUAGCUGAAUUUUGGUGGCAUCAAAGGUCAGUAUAUGAGAUGUUGGCCAUUGUUAUUUGUGUGCCAUGUUGAAUCCUUAAUGUCCUGGCCUGAUUAUGUCUAUUAUCUUCUUUAUAGGUGGAGUUGAAUGUGUUACAUGGUGCUAGCAGUUGCUUAAUCAAGUUUCUGAUGUUUCUCAUGUACAUAUGGACAAUCGAUCGUGCGACCCAAGAUAGUUUCCUUCCUCGACUUUUGGAUAAGUUGACGGUUUUUGUUGGGGAAAUGUGGGUUUGUUUUGUGGGAGCCAGCAAUGUAAUAGUAGCAGAAUGGUUGGUGAUGCUGCAACGUGUAAGUCCUUUGUAGUUAUGUAGUGUCAAGAACAAGUAUAUGGUAAUUAUGCUUGGUGACAGGUAUCUGAACCAUGUGUAAAUGUCAGUCAUGUAAGCUCUGUUAUGGACUUCUGGUAUCUUAUGUUAGUAUGUAUGUGAUGUUGUUCCCCUAUAACUGAAGUUGUGUUUUUUUUUUACUCGAGUGAUCACCAUUUCUAUAUCAUUGAGCAAGGGAGGUUUUGACUAUUAUUAGGCAAAAUGUGAUGUUGUUCUCUAGGCUAUGAGUUUACAGUUUGGUGAGCUCUGACUUUUUAUAUGACAGGAUUUCAAUUGUUAGCAGUGAUCUACAGAUUUUGUAGCUUAUUGGUGCUGUAGCUCUCACCAAACUGAUUGAUAAUCCUGCUUUUAUUGAAUAGAAGGAUCACAUUUGC